AUGGCCAUUCCUUCGUUGGUGCCCCAGUGCACACUGACAAGGACUGUGGUAGUUCCUUUUGUGCUUCUACUUAUUUCAUUUACCCUGCUAUUUUCCUUUCACCCUCCCUUCAAGGCUACUUUGUCAAAAUUCGCCCCCUUCAUCACCUCACAUGCGACUCAUCCGCCAUACACCGCUGCUGUCGUUUACCUCGUCCGGCUAUCUCAUGCAGACGAGCUCUUGGAAUCGUUGGCAUCUGUCAAUGCGUUCUUGCCACUCCGCGAUCCUUGGCCCAUCAUUCUGUUUCACACGGGCGAUUUUGACGACACGCCUGUCCAGGACGACUUCCUGGCGAGCCUUCGCAAGAAAAUUGGAGGACCGUCAAAUAACUCGAUAAUGGAUUUUAGUGACCGAGUGGAAUUCGUUAAGCUUGACUGGGUGCUUCCAGAGGGGAUACCACACACGAAAGAGGAGCUCGAUCCGGUGUCGCCAAGUUCUUGGCCUGGAUAUCACCACAUGUGCGCCUUCUACUCGACAAAAAUAUUUUUCAACCCACGCUUGCGAGACGUCACGUACUACCUACGCAUGGAUACCGACUCCCUCUUCCUUGAACCCCUUUGCUACGAUCCCUUCGAAGUCAUGCACCUCCACCAACGUUCAUACGGAUAUCUUGGGAUCGGGAACGACGCGCCCCAAGUGACUAAAGGACUCUGGAAUUUCAUACGCGAUUACGCCGGUUCACAUCCUGAAGUCGAAUCACAUUUGAACGCGAGCACAACGUGGAAAUGGCCUAGUAAUUUUACAAAUGGCGAAGUCGAUUGGGACGAUGUACCGAUACAUGGAUAUUACAACAACUUUGAAAUUGUGAAGCUGGAAGAGUUCAGGAAGCCGGAGGUUGAGGAGUGGUUUUAUCAUCUUGUUCAGUAUCCAGAGGGAUUUUACAAGUGGCGUUGGGGCGACGCGCCGCUACGGUGGGUGACAACGCAAAUGUUUUUCGAUAUGGAGCGCGAUACAGAACGGCUUUGCGGUAUCCAUUAUUAUCAUCCGUACAACUAUAUAGAACAGUGCGAGUGUGUUCCGUUACACCCAUAG